UUUUUGAAGGCAACAAGUGCUCAUCAAUUCCUACUGCGGGUAAAUGCUCCUUCUGGCUCACCUCCUGUGGACAUGUCUUUUGCGGUGAUUGUGUUGGUGUAGAAAAAGGAGGUAAAAAAGGUUUAUUUUAUGGGAAUAAGGGUAUUUCCGGAAUUGAAUAUUUUGUGGUUUUUCCAUAAAAUAUAAAAUAACUGAAGACAUUUCUGGAAAGUGUUUUUAAUUAAAACAUUUUACGGAAAUUGAGAGGAACGAAAAAAUUUUGGAAAAUUAUUUAACACCUAGAAUCUUCCAGAAAAUUGUUUGAUAGGUAGAAAAAACGGAGGGAUAACGGAGUAGAAAAAAAACGGAGUAGUUUUUCAAGGUCCUGUAAUUUCCGGAAAUUUAUGCAUUUUAGUACGAGGGCAGGUAUGUUGGGGUACAUUGUUAUAGGCUUGCUUUGCGAUUCAGCAAGUGUGAAAAAAACCUGUCGUGUUCGGAGUGCAUGCUACUUUUAUUUAUAUUAAUCUAAUCUUUACACAGAUUUAGCUCUUCUAAUUAAUCCUACUCGUUCCAUCUUUUGUUUUGCUUGCCAACACAACGUCAAAGCCGUUCAAAUUCGACGUGGAAUGGACAACAAUGCUGCUAUGCUUUUUCGGCCGCCUAACGAAAUGUUACAAAAAAUGAGUCAGGAAUUGUUCAAAAUUGGAGAAAUUGUUAAAUUUCAAGCGUGGCAGUCAUCAAGUUUUCAGCGACUUCGAAAGGAUGCUUCUUAUGAAAAUUAUUACAAACAAUUGCUUUACAAAAAUAGGGAUAUUAUUGCAGCGAAACAGCGUGAAUUGGAGAAGGCUAACAGGGAGAUUCAGCAAAUGGCUGCUUUGUAA